CACAGCUGAGAGAGAGAGAAGGGAGCCAGUCAGUGAAAAAACGACCUCAACCCUUCCCAGAACAGGAGCACCGGCAACCACCGUCUCUUUGUUCUACACUGGCUUUGACAAAAAGGACAAGAAAUUUAAUAUCUGAAACACACACACAAAUUUGUUUUUCCUUCAUGCCUGCGCGCAAAUUUACAGAGAUGGAGGACUCACAUGGGUACAUGGAGCAGUGUGGGUCCUACUUGAAGAAAAGGCGGCAUGACAGUGAGCAGUCUCACUCUGGUGGAGCCGGUGGCUGUCCCUCCAGCCUGGAGUACACAGACCUGGAGGCCGCAGAGGCCCUGGUGUGUAUGAGCUCCUGGGGCCAAGGCCAGUUCCUCAGUGGCAGCAAACUGAACCCCUGCAAGCCCAGACCCCUCACCCCGGCUUCAGACUCCUGCGACUCUGUCCUGCCUAUGGAACUCCCAGAGCCCCCCAAGGAUUUUGUUUCCCUCUCCUCUUUGUGUAUGACUCCCCCCCACAGCCCCAGCUUUGUUGAGACUUCCACAUCCGGCUCUGCCCUCCAGCCCAGCUCCUCCCCAGUGAGCAGGACCAGCUCCAGCCUGGCUGUAUCAUCCCUACGCUGUGGGUCUGGGUUCCAACAGGCUGCCGGGACCCCCGACAAGACCCCAUCCCUCCCCCCGCCACUGCUGCAGCCGUGUAGAGCCAUGGCGACCAGCGUCAUCCGCCACACUGCAGACAACACCCCCUGCCAGCACCACAUUCCAGUGGCCCCCAGUCCAGAGAAACACAGAGACACAGUAACGGUUGCAACGGUCUGCCAGCAGCAGCAGCAGCAGCACCGUGUUGUAAAGACUGAGCAGAUAGCCACACCUCCACCUCCUCCUGCUCCUGUCACACCCUCAUCAUCAAGCUCAAACACGGAGCAGCAGGCCAAUCACGCAACUCCCUUCAAGGACAGCUCUUCCCCCUUUCCUAUCAGCAUCCAACCACAGAACAGCCCAGUCACUCCUCCUACUCCCACAACCCUCUCCCCACCUCCAGUUACCAGCCCACAAAUCAUCUGCCAGAUGAUCCCAGUCAGCAACCAGUCAGGUAUAAUCUCAGCCUUUAUCCCCAGUGCGGUUCAGACCUCCACCUCAGGGUUGAGGACCACCACCACCACGCCCAUCCUCCCUCAGCCCGCCCCUGCUAACUCCGCCCCUGUCCAGCAGCCCCUCAUUGUGGGCUCACCGAUGCCCCAGGGCACAGUGAUGCUGGUUCUUCCUCAGUCCUCCGUUUCUCAGGCCCCACACUGCCCACAGACUGUCAUGACCCUGGGCAACACCAAGCUGCUACCUCUGGCCCCGGCCCCGGUUUAUGUGCCAGCGGGGCCCUGCGGUGGCACCACCACCACCAAGAUAGACUUUUCCCGCAGGAGAAACUACGUCUGCAACUUCCCCGGCUGCAGGAAGACGUACUUCAAAAGCUCCCAUCUCAAGGCUCACCUCCGAACACACACAGGUGAGAAGCCCUUCAGUUGCAGCUGGGACGGCUGUGAUAAGAGGUUUGCCCGCUCCGAUGAGCUCUCACGUCACAGGCGAACACAUACGGGCGAGAAAAAGUUUGUGUGUCCCGUGUGUGACCGGCGGUUCAUGCGCAGCGAUCACCUCACCAAACACGCCCGCCGCCACAUGACCACCAAGAAGAUUCCUUCAUGGCAGGCAGAGGUUCGGAGCCUAAAUAAAAUGGCCGCAGGCAAAACACCUUCCUCAAAACCUGGCCUUGCUACACUAAGCGUGCUGGUACCUGCUGCUUCAAACUAGACAAUGAGCUCUUACUUUACCACCCUACCUGCUCCCAAGCUACCACAGGGACAUAAGGAGCAGCCAAGCACACAAGGCUGUUCCUAUUUUACUCAUGGAAAAAAAAAAACAUGCACUGGACUCUUUUUUUUCCCCCUUACUGCUC